ACUUUACCGGUGCUUGAGAAGGAAUAUAACUUCUGGAUGCUACAACGUGCGCAAACAUUUCACGACGAUGAACGCGACAAAGAUAUUUUAUUCUUUCAGUAUCGUGCGAGCAUGAAGACACCGCCGGAGAAAGAAUUGAUGUGGUCAAAUGUUGCAUCGGCAGCUGAAACAGGCUGGGAUUUCAGCACUCGCUGGUUCGCACAGAGUGGCCCAACGAUGCAUCACAUGAAAUCCAUUCGCACGUGGUCCAUCGUUCCUGUUGAUCUGAAUGCCUUUAUCUGCAUAAAUGCCAGAAUAAUGGCAUCAUUUUAUGAGAUCAGCGGUACGUCUUCGAGCUUAUUUUGGUUCUUGCUGAUGCAUUAG